CUCCCGGGGAGGGGCACCUGCUUGAUGAAGCCACUGCCUUCCCGGGGGAAUUCGGUUCAACCCCCAGAAUGGGAAAUAAAGAAGCUUCCACUUUGUCGCAGGGGAAGGACGACUUGGUAACAACAGGCCGGCAGCAGGAGUUUCGGUUUUUCGGGUAACAGGGGAGAGAGUCAUCAUGUGGGUACGUUUCCCUUUUUUAUUUUAGGAAGUGCUGCGGAAGAAAACGGAGAUAUUUUGGAUACGAGAAGUUGACUCUGCAAAGCAGCACCGUGCCGGAAAUAGAAUUGCUCUUCGGGCUGAGUGGAAAGCUCUAGGAUGAGGGAAAUGUUCCUCUCAGCCCUGUUCGGGGCCAGGCACUCAUGAUGGAUGUGCCAACGGGCCUCUCUUCCCACGUUGUCACCGUAGAUGUAUUUCGAUUUCGUUUUUUUUUUUUUGCCUUGAAAGAACCCUUUUGAACGUGUAACAUCAGCAGUGGGUUUUGCCAGAAAACCAGACGCGCGGCACCGGAGCUCGGGAUCCGGGCUGUGCCCCGUCCACUCGUCCCCCCUGCCCUCUGCCCCCCACGCCCAGGACACCGCCGCUGACCCCUGCUUCCCCAGCCGGCCGGGGACUGUCACCUGCCGCAGCUGCCACCCCCGGCUUGCUCCGCUCCCGGCAGCCAGACUGGAUCCUAUGCCGCCUUUCUUAGUGAUUUAUUUUAAGGUGGGGGCAGAAAAGAAAAGUCACCACGCCACGACGAUUAGGAAUUAAUUUUUCAUCGUGUAUUUCAACGAGAGCCGAGCGAUCUCUCCUGUCCCCUUUUCCCGGCUGGAUUUUUGGCUCUGGUUUCUGAUGACAGUGCCGCCAGCCGCCAGCCUCGGAAGGAGAAUCACAAAGGGAAUGCCCACGUAAAUAAUGUAUUGCCUCUCGCGUCCGUGGCCCGCUUGGAGUCGGCCAGGGAGCCCCCGGCGCUGCGGACGUGGGUUCGCACCAGGUGAUCAUCUGGGGGCUGCUCAGAAAGCGGUGCUCUCUGUUCGCCAUGGAGCCCAUCUGUCCGCUCCUGCUGGCGGGUGUUAGCUUGCCGCUCGCCAGGGCGCUCAAGGGCAACGAGACCACCCCAGCCUACAGCAACUGGACCUCUACGACCUCAGGCCCUCCGGACCCCGGCGCGCCCCAGCCCCAGCUGGCCUGGCUGCUGUUGCCUCUGCUGCUCUGCGUCCUCCUUCUGCUUCUCGCCGCCUACUUCUUCAGGUUCAGGAAGCAGAGGAAAGCCGUGGUCAGCGCCAAUGACAAGAAGAUGCCCAACGGAAUCCUGGAAGAGCAAGAGCAGCAGAGAGUGAUGCUUCUCAGCAGGUCCCCCUCCGGGCCCAAGAAGUACUUUCCCAUCCCCGUGGCGCACCUGGAGGAAGAGAUCCGCGUCCGGUCGGCGGAUGACUGCAAGCGCUUUCGGGAGGAGUUCAACUCGUUGCCAUCCGGACACAUACAAGGAACUUUUGAACUGGCCAAUAAAGAAGAAAACAGAGAAAAAAACAGAUAUCCCAACAUCCUUCCCAAUGAUCAUUCCAGGGUGAUUUUGAGCCAAGUGGACGGGACCCCCUGUUCAGACUACAUUAAUGCUUCCUACAUAGAUGGUUACAAAGAGAAGAAUAAAUUUAUAGCAGCUCAAGGCCCCAAACAGGAAACGGUUAAUGACUUCUGGAGGAUGAUCUGGGAACAGAAGUCUGCGACCAUUGUCAUGUUGACCAACGUGAAGGAGAGGAAAGAGGAGAAGUGCUACCAGUACUGGCCGGACCAGGGCUGCUGGACCUAUGGAAACAUCCGCGUGUGCGUGGAGGACUGCGUGGUUCUGGUGGAUUACACCAUCCGGAAGUUCUGCAUACAGUCCCAGCUCCCUGAUGGCUGCAAAGCCCCACGGCUCGUCUCCCAGCUGCACUUCACCAGCUGGCCUGACUUCGGCGUGCCUUUCACCCCCAUCGGGAUGCUGAAGUUCCUGAAGAAGGUGAAGGCUCUCAACCCGGCCCACGCCGGACCCAUAGUGGUCCACUGCAGCGCCGGCGUGGGCCGGACGGGCACCUUCAUAGUCAUCGAUGCCAUGAUGGACAUGAUGCACGCCGAGCAGAAGGUCGAUGUCUUUGAGUUCGUGUCAAGAAUUCGCAACCAGCGCCCCCAGAUGGUUCAGACGGAUAUGCAGUACACGUUCAUUUACCAAGCCUUACUGGAGUACUACCUCUAUGGGGACACCGAGCUGGACGUGUCCUCCCUGGAAAAGCACCUGCAGACGCUCCAUGGCACCACCAGCCACUUCGACAAGAUCGGGCUGGAGGAGGAGUUCAGGAAACUGACAAAUGUCCGGAUCAUGAAGGAGAACAUGAGGACGGGCAACCUGCCGGCCAACAUGAAGAAGGCCAGGGUCAUCCAGAUUAUCCCGUAUGACUUCAAUCGGGUGAUCCUUUCCAUGAAAAGGGGUCAGGAAUACACGGAUUACAUCAACGCCUCCUUCAUAGAUGGCUACCGACAGAAGGACUAUUUCAUCGCCACCCAGGGGCCCCUGGCGCACACGGUGGAGGACUUCUGGAGGAUGGUGUGGGAGUGGAAGUGCCACACGGUCGUGAUGCUGACGGAGGUCCAGGAGAGAGAGCAGGAUAAAUGCUACCAGUAUUGGCCAACGGAGGGCUCAGUGACUCACGGCGAUAUAACAAUCGAAAUAAAAAGCGAUACACUUUCCGAAGCCAUCAGCAUACGGGACUUCCUGGUCACUUUCAAUCAGCCCCUGGCCCGCCAGGAGGAGCAGACCCGAGUGGUACGCCAGUUCCACUUCCACGGCUGGCCCGAGAUCGGGAUUCCAGCCGAGGGCAAAGGCAUGAUCGACCUCAUCGCGGCCGUGCAGAAGCAGCAGCAACAGACGGGCAACCACCCCAUCACGGUGCACUGCAGUGCUGGAGCCGGGCGAACAGGUACCUUCAUAGCACUCAGCAACAUUUUGGAACGAGUCAAAGCCGAGGGCCUUUUAGACGUAUUCCAAGCUGUGAAGAGUUUGCGACUUCAGAGACCACAUAUGGUGCAAACCCUGGAACAGUAUGAAUUCUGCUACAAAGUGGUACAAGAUUUUAUUGAUAUAUUUUCUGAUUAUGCUAAUUUCAAAUGAAAAUUCCUGCCUUAAAAUAUUUUUUAAUUUAAUGGUCAGUAUAUUUUAUAAAGAUCAUGUUAAUUUAUUUCAUAGUUGACAUUAAUACCCGUCCUAAUUUCUUUGUAUAUAUUUUGUUAUGCUUUAAAGGCCACCUGCUCUAAAGUCAUUAAAUCUUAAAUACCCCUUUUAAAAACUGGAAUAAUGUAUUAAGGUCAAGUAAUAUCCCGUAAAAUAUAUUUCUGCUAAUAUCAGUAAAUAUUUUAAUUUUUGCGUUAGGUCCAUCAUAGCCUUUGAUUUCACACAUCCAGCGCCUCUAAAUGUUAAAAAUCUUAAUAUGCAACGUGUGCUUACGCAGAAGAGUAAACACAGAGCCCGCUGUUAAAGCGGUCGAGGACUCAAAAAUCAGUUAAAAAUUCUCUUUUCCUGACGCUGAUUUUACAGCCCUGAGCAGAGGCAUUUUGUGGAAGGGGAAAUGUUCACGAAGAUGCACUGUAAAGAGGGAAUUCUGUGAAAUCCUCCAUCUCCUCUCAUGUGGCUUAUUUUUACAUUUUUAAGAUCACAGACUUUACAGCCUGAAUCCAGGUCUAAAACACAAUCGGCGUAGUUGGUGGCUGUAGAGUGACACUUAAACACGCGUUUACUCAAGGUCAGGUCCGCGCUGUCCCGGCUGGAGGAGGGGAGACGCAGUGCUGGUGGCGCGGUUCGCCCACGGCCGUGAGGAUACAAAACCCGUUACUGGGCUGUGCUCCCAGGUAGCCACCUGCUGUCUUCUGAGAAUGCAACCAAUGGCAUUUGUCACCCUCGCCUCCCACUCUGCCACCGCCGCCCGGCUGGUCCUGAGCGAUCCUAGAGGCUCAACACAAACCACUCCCGGUUCCUAACUUCUGAUAAAGCCAAACACCUGGCUCUCACAGCUGCAAGGAGCACACGCUUGGGGAGAUGACCACAAGCAGUUACGCUUUAAACUUUCUGAGAAGCAUUUUGGUAUUAAAAAAAAAAAAUCUUAUAAAAGCUAAGAUUGUUUGUAAGAAAAGUCUUAAAAAUCUAGAUUUAUACAGUUUUUUUUAAAGUCCCAGUCCUCAAUAUUUAAAUGAAAGAAAAAGAGAGAGAACUCCUUACGUCUAAAAGCUAACUUAUUUUUGAAUAGAAAUACUACUGAGAUCUCUGACACUGGGUAAUAACGAUCUCACUGCCAGACAGGAUUGAUUUGUGGGGCAAAAAGGAAAGGGAGGAAGGAUGAAUGUAGAAAAGUUUAAUUUGUGACAGUGAUCUUUCUAUGGCCAUUAGGUAGCAGAUGAGCACAAUAUAUAUAUAUAUAUAUUUAAAAAAAGACACCUGUUCUAACUUACUAAAAGUGUUUAACACGUGCAUUUGGGGUACAUUUGUUUUUUUUUCUUUGCUUUUUAAAAGAAAUAGAAAGGCCUUAUUUGCCAUUUCCACGAGAAGUGACUGCAUCCUCCUAUUGCACUGCUCAUCCUGUGUCCAUUCCUUGUGCACAAUGCAAGCCCAGGGCUUGUUCCGUGCUGAUAGCAGCCUCACGGUAGUCAAGCCUCUGCUGCCCCUCUGAGCCCCAGCCCCCGGGCGAGAGGAGGUGCCAGCUGGAAGGGCACGAGCACAACGUUGUGACCGCUGCCACCGCCGCCGGCCACAUCCCUGGGCUGCACACGCACUGCUGAACGCACCCCUCUCUCCUUCCCGGUACAACGAGACUGCGUGGGGGUCGAGGAAGAAAAUGGAGGGGACUUUGCAAGAUGCACCACCGGUUGGUCCCAUAUGUUUUCAUGAUUAAAAUCCCAAGUCUAAAGCCUUCCUUUGACUGAAGGAGAAGAGGGAGAACCAAGCUUUCAUUCGGCACCAAACCCUAGAAACUGAGCUCGCUAGUUGUGAUGAGGGUGACUAGUAUUGUGUCUGAGGGGUCAAAGUCAAAGUCCAGGCCAUGGAUUUGGGCCCAUCCUAGGAGCCCUCAUUAGAAUCUGUCAGGCCUUUCAGUGGCCUACCUGGGCAUCUCUUGGAUGGUGAUUAAGAUCAACCUUUUCAGGGGAACGCGCCCCUGGGAAUGCGCCCCAUUUGUAUGUUCUUCUGUCCCCUGUGGCUACUGCAGGCAUCCUGGGACCCCCUGGGGCCCUUCCAGUUCUGGAAACAAAGCAGAAGCCACUAUCCCUUGGAGGCACUUGCCUUUCUGAGGGUCUAGGAUUUGUAGCCUCAUGGCCUCUGCCCAGAACCCCCAGGUCCUGGGCGCCCUCCGUCCCAACAGUCUCUUUGGGCGCUUGGGGACCGGCUACCCUACUGUGCCACCCAGAAAGCUGACCUCUUCUUCCCCCUCAGUCAAAGUAGGUCCGUUGUACAUAACAAGCAGUGCCACGCUGGUGGCACUGACGACGCCGACUUCCCUUCACGUUUUCGUAUGUUGCAUGCGGUUGCAUUCAAAUGCCAAAUAGCGAUUAGGAGCCUACCGUUCUGAUCGACAAGCUGUACGGUCACUGUGUGACUCACUUUACUGUUUCUCUCCUCGUGCUAGACGAAUGAAGAAUGCAUACCAGUGUUUUAAAAAGUAUUUUUAUGUGUUUUUAAAAAACUUUUUAAAAUGAGCCUGACAUGUCUGUUUCAGCGUUCGGAGACAUGGCCCAUGUUAUUUUUAAAAAAUGUAUGAUUACUGAUACUUUUGUUUAACUAAGUUGUGUUUAAUUUAUGUGCGGUCUUUAUAAUAUAUGUAUGUAUUCCCGUUUCAACUAUCAUGUUUUCUUUUAUUACAUCUAUAAUUUGAUCUUGCUCUGAUUAUAAUGCCAGUGAAUGUUGCUGAAUUCUUUGUAUAUGCAAAUUGCAAGAUCUAAAACAUUCUGAUGCAAGGAUAAAUCUUUACUUUGACUUCCA